AUGGCCGGCGGCUUCCCCCCUCCCAAGGAGGAGCAAGAGGGGCCUGAGAGGGGCGGGAGCCAGCAGCACACGCAGAGGGGAGUGCUCACAUCCCUCGGGAACAAUGAAGAAGCCGGGGUUGAGGACUUGGGUUUCUGCCGCAGAGGGAUGCUACCUCGAGGUGUGAUCAGGGCCAGGCUGCGUGAGGUCGGGGAUGCAGGCCGGGGUGACUCCCUGGCUGCCUGUCGUGGGUACGCCCACAUCUGUCGGGGCCGGGAGUGCUGGGAUCGGGAGCAGCAAUGUGGCCCUGGUUCCAGCCCCGGCGGGUCCUCGAAGCCCUUCCCUCCCGGUCCCUACUCUGAGUGGAGACAGGCCCACGAGGCCAGAGAUGGGCCCGGCAGCAAGCAGCUCCGCGUCGCCCCGUUGCGCGCCAGAUCCAGGCCACUCGGUGCAUCCCCACCGUGUUCCUUCCUGGAGAAACUGACGGUAGAAAGAUGGCCGGUGUCACCGGGUCGGACAGUACUGAACCCAGUUGAAGAAUCCCAGGCGUGGACUGGUGAAAGGAUUUGUCUAAGAUCACACAGCUGGUGCCUCGUCGUUGGGACUGUGGUGAGCCUCUGCCACCCACCCCCUGCAAGGGAAGAAAAUGAUCCCAAAGACCAGGCUCAUGAACUGCUUCAAGAUUCUUGCAUACAGGGCGACAGCGAGACAAGCCAGCAGCAGUUUUUCUACUCAAAGUGCAUGUCCUGCCCCUUGGAGAACAGCUGACUGUGGGGCCGGGGCGCCUGCAGGAGGAUGCACUUACCCCGAUGGAUGGAAACAACUCCAUUCGCAUCUGGAGGGACCUACGCAGAGGUGUCUCCAGCGCCUGACACGCAGCCCACAGGGCUGUCUGUGCUGCUGCCUGGAGUGUGAGCUCACGUCUGCAAUCCUGCAAGCGGAUGUCCAGGUGACUCGUCAGGUGUCCCAUGCCUACAACUGGGUGGCAAAGCUGCACUGACAGCUGGAACUCAGCGUCGCGGCAACCGUUGCUAAGCACCUACACGCACCAGGUUUUUACAUGCAUGUUAUCUCCUCAAUCCGCAGCCCAAGGUGGAGCGACUCCCAUGUCCAUCUUACGAAUGAGGAAAAUUGAGGCGCAUGGGGGUGCGGUGGUGGUGGUGUGAUUUCCACAAGGCCAUACAGUCUAGAAGUGACUGUGCUGAGACUGGAACCUGGCUGUGCUGGGCCCCUAACCAUUGUGCUGCUUCACCAGUUCAGAGAACUAGUCACCCAACUAACCAACCAGUCGAUCAGCCAACAUCCCAGGAGUAUACACGUUCCCUGGGUGCCUACUGGGUUCCAGGCGCUGGGAACAAGAAGACAUUAAGACAGAAUCCUGCCCUGGCUGCAUGACCUUUGACAGCUUACCACCUAGGCCUUGAGUUCCUCAUCUGUGAAAUGGGACAAUAACGCUCCCUCCUCAUCGGAUUAAGUGAGUAAAUACACGUGAAGCACUUAGAACAGCAUCUGCCACCGAGUAAGAAUUCAAUAGAU